AUGAAUACUAAUGAAGACAACUAUCGUCCAUUAGAAGCGGAUUUGAUCCACACGAAUAUCGGAAUUUCCAAUCCUUUAUCCACAGAUACCCAAAAUGAUAGUAAUAGUGUAAUUAAUCGUACCAAUUCUCAUACUAGUGCAUCUGAUCUUUAUUUAUACAAUAGAUUGAAUAGGGGAGCUACAGAGAAAGUGACUUCGAAUAUGUACAUGAAUGAUAUCCAUCCGUUGAAUAAUAAAAAUGAUAAACUUGAAACUAAUGAUAUUGACUCAAAUAUAAAUGUGAAUACAAGGAGUACUUUGAAUGAUAUCUCUCACUCAAAUAUAGAGACACAACUAAUAAAUAAACUUGAUCCUAGCGAUCCUACUGAUCUUGUUAUGGACGACCACAGUGUGACUCAACACGAUAUGACAUCAGAAUAUAAUACAGAUGUUGUCAAUACUGAAAGGGAAACUACUCCGGAUCAACCUUUCUAUGUUAAUGCUAAACAAUAUUACAGGAUAUUAAAGAGGCGUUACGCUAGGGCAAGGCUGGAAGAAAAUCUACGUAUAUCAAGAGAAAGAAAGCCCUAUUUACACGAGUCGCGACAUAAACAUGCAAUGCGUAGACCAAGAGGACAAGGUGGAAGAUUCCUAACAGCUGCCGAAAUAGAAGAUUUAAAGAGUAGAGGUAGGAUUGAUGAAAAUGGUGAUGUCAUACCUGAAGACAAAGAAAAUAAUAAUGAUGAAAAUGAAGGUACUGAGAAUGUUGUGAAGAAUGAUAUCGCAAAGAUUGUUAAUAAAGAUGAUAAUAAUAAUAAUAAUAAUAGCACGGAGAAAACAAAUGUGUCUAUUACAUCAGAAGUAAUGCCAAUAAAGGAUAAAAAAUAA